UCUCUUACACAUACACACACACCCACACACAUACACACAAUAACAAUAACACAAAAAAAAAAAAUUUUAAUUUAUUUCUCCGAAUCGAAUUUUGAGGCGGAUGCAACUGUAGGUCCUGUUGCUCGGUCCAGCCAUAUGCCUUCCGUUCUCUAGUCCAGGCCUACAGACCCUGUUCCUGUCCUGGUGUAGCAUGCAGCUGGGGUACAAAUUGCAGCGGGCGCCGCAGCAGCGCUGCCUGAUACGCAAUCUGAUGCGGACCAUACUCCAGGUGCUGCAGAGCUCGCAACGUCCCAUGAGCGACACGGAAAUCAUUUCGGCCCUAUCUGUGCGCUUCCGGCGAGCCGAUCCCGAGUUCCAGCGCCAAGUGCGACUCAGUCUCCAGGAUGCGGUCAGGUAUGGCAUACUGAAGCGUCAGCUAAAUGUCUUCUCGCUGCGCUCCAAACGGCUGGCAGAGAUCUUGGACAUCCUGGUACCAAGCAGCGGCCGGUAACUACGUUGACCAUGCCUCGAAAGUAACAAAAAACGUUUGAAAAUAAAAAACUCAAACGCA